UGUUUAGCAUGCUGGCAGGCCGACCACUCCCUCUGUUAGAGUCCAUGAUUUUUCAUGCGAGUGACAAGCAUAGGAUGCCAACUGGUCCGUUCAACCUCCCUCCUAUCAUCGCUGAACGAAACUCCCCUCGUCUUCGAUGCUUUGGGCUGGGCUUGCCGCUAUAUCGCAUCACAGAUAUCCGUAUUCCAUGGCACCAACUGACUCACUUAUGUUUAUUCAACGCCUUCACCAGUUCUAUUACCCCGACGCUAAACGGUUACCUCCACGUCCUUCGUCAAUGCACGAACAUUAAAUCGUUCAUUCUCACCGUCACUAAUUAUGAACUGAAGCGACCAGCACCCACAUUGGAAUUGUCUCUCAUCGAAGACCUGCAGCUUCACAUACUAGUGGACGGGUGUCGGCUGGGGAGCUUCCUUGAUGUGUUGGUGCUUCCAAAGUUGCGUCAGCUAUAUAUAAGAUGUGCGUUUCUUUCGAGAGACCCUCUUGAGCAACAG